AUGGGUAUCGAGGAUAGUGGAUAUGACAGCGUUAAAGAAAUCCGAAUGUUCCAUUCCACCCUCGUGAGCACGUUUCGAACAGGUAAAACCAAAGACAUUGCCUGGCGCAAAUGGCAACUUAAGCAGCUCUGGUGGCUUGUCGAAGAAAAUGAGCAAGCUAUUGUUGAUGCUAUCAAAGGUGAUCUGAAUCGACCUGGUUUUGAAACCUAUCUCACCGAUCUCGCCGGCAUUCGAAAGGACAUCUUGUAUCACCUUGACAACAUAGAUACCUGGACAGCCGAUGAGCCUGUGGGUGAUAGUUUCAUCGCAAAACGACUAGGUGUGGCACGAAUUCGAAAAGAGCCUCUGGGCGUUGUUCUCAUCAUCGGUGCAUGGAACUUUCCGGUUCUACUUGUAUUGCAGCCGCUCAUCGCUGCUAUCACAGCUGGCUGUUGCGCAAUCAUCAAGCCAUCCGAACUUACAGUGGCCUGUCAAAAUCUACUUCGAGACUUGGUCACUCGAUAUCUUGAUCCGACUGCAAUUAGGGUAGUCUGUGGCGGCGUCGACGAGACCACUAAACUACUUGAGCUUCCCUUCAACCACAUCUUCUUCACUGGCUCUGCAAAUGUUGGUCGGCAUAUAAGUACAGCUGCAGCAAAAAGUCUGACCCCUACGACCUUGGAGCUAGGUGGUCAAUGUCCUGCUAUCGUCGGUAGAUCAGCAAAUUUGGAGCGCGCCGCCAAAGCUAUUGCAUAUUCCAAAUUCCUCAACGCAGGUCAAAUCUGUCUAGCAGUCAAUCAUGUAUUUGUUGAUGCAGCGGUGCAUGACGAGUUUGUGAAGAGAUUAAGACACUGGAGUCAACAAUUCCUGCACGGUGAGCAAAAGAUUACCACAGCGAUCGUCAAUCAGCAGAACUGGGACAGGCUUUCCAGCCUUUUACAACAGACGAAAGGAACGGUAGUUUGUGGUGGAGGGCAAAGUGAUGAACUCUGUCGGAUGGAGCCAGCUGUGGUGAUUGGUCUUGACAUGGAUGACCCGUUACUCGUUGAAGAAAUCUUUGGGCCCAUCUGUCCCAUUCUGAAAUCAGACGUUCGCGAGGCCUGUCGCACAAUUAAGAGCAAAGAUUAUCCCUUGGCUCUGCCCCUUGAAUACCAAGAUGUUAUUACUGACGAGAAGGAAACAGUACUUGACAACACUAACUCAGGCGGAGUGACAAUUAACGAUGUCAUUCUUCACGCCGGCUUUCCUGGGGCCCCGUUUGGUGGGGUGGGGGAAGUGGACAUGGCUACUAUCAUGUGGUUCGAUCGUCUGCUGGCGUUCAGAUAUCCACCAUAUAGCGCGGCCAACAAAGCCAAGAUGCCAAAAACAAAGGCUACAUUCAAGCGAGGCGAAACAAUACAGGAUCAACGAGCUAAAGGGACUCGAUUCUUUGGGCUCAAGUUUGCGGCGGGUGUGGCUCUGUUAGGAAUUCUCUAUUAUUGCUCUAAUUUCAAGGAGAGCUUUUACGUCUUGAAGCUCUAA